AUGACCGAUACCAUGAUGGACGUGGACAACCCCAGCGAGGCCAUCGAGAGCAUGAAGAACGGCGAUAUCGAUGAGUCGUUGUAUAGUCGACAGCUAUAUGUGCUUGGCCAUGAAGCGAUGAAACGGAUGGGCUCUUCGAAUGUGCUCAUUGUUGGGUUGAAAGGCUUGGGUGCCGAGAUCGCCAAAAACAUUGCACUCGCUGGGGUUAAGUCUUUGACGCUAUACGACCCAGAGAAGGUUGCUAUCUCUGAUCUCUCUGCGCAAUUCUUCCUGCACCCUGAAGACGUCGGUAAAUCGCGAGCAGAGGUGACCGCACCUAGAGUCGCCGAGCUCAACUCCUAUACACCUGUCAACGUGCACAAGUCCUCACGUCUGGUGGAUGACUUGAGCCAGCUUAACCAGUAUCAGGUGGUUGUCCUCACUACCACGUCUUUGAAAGACCAGCUCGCGAUAGCAGAACACUGUCAUAAGAAUGGGAUCUACCUUGUGAUCACUGACACCUUUGGUUUAUUUGGAUACAUCUUCACCGAUUUUGGCAAGAACUUUACCGUUGGAGAUGCAACGGGGGAAAACCCAGUCAACGGAAUCAUUGCCGACAUUGACGAGGAUGGACUUGUUUCCGCCCUGGACGAAACUAGACAUGGCCUUGAGGAUGGCGACUUUGUUGAAUUCUCGGAAGUCAGAGGAAUGGAAGGGUUGAAUGGUGCAGCGCCGCGAAAGAUUACCGUCAAGGGCCCGUAUUCCUUCUCAAUUGGAGAUGUAUCAGGCUUGGGAACAUAUCAAGGUGGAGGAUUGUUUACGCAAGUUAAGAUGCCUAAAUUCAUCGACUUCCAGCCAUUAGCAGAGCAGUUGAAGGAGCCCGAGCUGAUGAUUUCGGAUUUUGCAAAGUUCGAUCGACCUCAGCAACUACAUGUCGGCAUUCAAGCUCUCCAUAAUUUCCACGACACCAAGGGGAGCUGGCCACGACCGCACAAUGACUCAGAUGCAAAGGAGAUAUUGGAGACUGCUAAGAAGACCGCAAAAGAUGCGGGCGUCGAGGUUGAGCUGGAUGAGAAACUGAUCAUAGAGCUCAGCUACCAAGCACAGGGUGAUUUAAGUCCCAUGGCAGCAUUUUUUGGUGGUCUGGCAGCUCAAGAAGUGCUCAAAUCUGUCUCCGGCAAGUUCAAUCCGAUUAAACAGUGGCUCUACCUCGAUUCGCUGGAGUCUUUACCUACAUCCUCAGAACGCUCGGAAGAACUUUGCAGGCCGCUUGGUGGUCGUUAUGACGGGCAAAUCGCCGUUUUUGGCAGGCAAUUUCAGGAAAAGAUCUCUAACGUCAAGGAGUUCUUGGUCGGAGCUGGUGCCAUUGGCUGUGAAAUGCUUAAGAACUACGCCAUGAUUGGCCUUGCGACCGGUGACAAGGGAAAAAUCACCGUUACUGAUAAUGACUCGAUCGAGAAAAGCAAUCUCAACCGCCAGUUCCUCUUCCGACCGAAAGACGUAGGCAAGCUGAAGAGUGACUGUGCGGCUGAAGCUGUCCAAGCCAUGAAUCCUGAUCUAAAAGGCAAAAUCGACCGCAUGAGCGAUCGUGUUGGGCCAGACAGCGAACAGGUCUUCAACGAAACCUUCUGGGAAGGACUUGACGGGGUCACUAAUGCUCUUGACAAUGUUGAAGCUCGCACGUACGUUGAUCGACGAUGUGUGUUCUUCAUGAAGCCCUUACUGGAAAGUGGCACUCUUGGUACGAAAGGAAAUACCCAAGUCAUCUUGCCACGCCUCACCGAAUCCUACUCAAGCUCACAAGAUCCACCAGAGCAAUCGUUCCCGAUGUGCACCCUCCGCAGUUUCCCCAAUAACAUCAAUCAUACAAUCGCAUGGGCACGGGACGUCUUUCAGCAGUACUUCGUCAGCCCUCCUGAGACUGUUAACCUCUACCUGACUCAGCCGAACUACAUUCAAACAACAUUGAAACAACAAGGGAAUGAGAAGCAGACACUCGACAGUCUGCAAGAGUUUCUCGUGACGGAGAAGCCACUCAGCUUUGAUGACUGCAUCAUGUGGGCUCGCAAUCAAUUUGAGAAGCAGUACAACAAUGCCAUUCAACAGCUUCUUUACAACUUUCCCCGAGAUGCGAAGACCUCCACAGGCGCCGACUUUUGGUCUGGUCCCAAACGAGCUCCAACGCCCUUGAAAUUCGACGCCAACGAGCCCACCCACCUUGCAUUCAUCAUUGCUGGUGCAAAUCUUCAUGCCUUCAAUUACGGCAUUCAUCCUCCACCAUCAAUCUCCAAAGACUACUACGCCAAGGUGGCCGAAUCGAUGAUCAUCCCUGAAUUCCGCCCUGACUCCAACGUCCGUAUUCAAGCCGACGACAAAGAGCCCGAUCCAAAUGCAGCACCGCCCACAUUCGCUGACGAUGCAGAAGAACUUGACAAAAUCGUCCAAAGCCUUCCGUCGCCCAAAUCACUCGCCGGCUACCGUCUGACGCCUGUGGAAUUUGAGAAAGAUGACGACUCCAACCACCACAUCGAUUUCAUCACCGCGGCAAGCAACCUGCGGGCCAUGAACUAUGACAUUCCUGUCGCGGAUAGACACAAAACAAAAUUUAUCGCCGGCAAGAUCAUUCCUGCCAUCGCGACCACUACUGCACUUGUGACGGGUCUGGUCAUCUUGGAGUUGUACAAGAUAAUUGAUGGAAAGACUGAUUUAGAGCAAUACAAGAAUGGGUUUGUCAAUCUAGCGCUUCCAUUUUUCGGCUUUAGCGAACCGAUUGCGAGUCCGAAAGGCAAGUACAAGAACAAGGAGGGAGAGGAAGUAACAAUCGAUAAGCUGUGGGAUCGAUUUGAAGUUGAUGACGUGACUUUGACGGAAUUUCUGAAGUACUUUGAGGAUAAGGGUUUGACGGUCAACAUGGUCAGUUCGGGGGUUAGUUUGCUUUACGCCAGUUUCUACCCACCCAGUAAGGUCAAGGAUCGGAUGCCUAUGCGGAUGUCUCAACUUCUCGAAACGGUAUCGAGGAAACCCAUCCCUAGCCACCAGAAGAACAUUAUCUUCGAGAUCAAUGCGGAGGAUGCAUCGGAGGAGGAUGUCGAAGUGCCUUAUGUGAUGGUCAAGUAUCGAAAAUGA